AUGGAAGGGUCAACUGCUCCUGCGUCCAGCGCCCAUAGUGAUCACAGUCAUCCGCUCGCGCGUUCUGGGUCUGUCGAGGAACCAGCCACAGGCGACCCAACGCAAGGCUCCUGUCAGCUGCGGGCGAACGAUGUGGAUGGCCCAGCAAGUGGCCGAAACCGCCCGACGAGAAGGCCGGCGUCUGAGGGGCAAAGCCAGUCUUUCGCGUCCCAUUUCCUUCCCGACUUCAGCGAACCUGCGGAGACAGCGCCCGAGCGCGCUGACGGCACGAGGGAAUCUCCUGACCCGGCACCGCACGUUCCACCCAAUGUAAGAGACGCUUCCCGAAUCUGGAAUUUCUCUGUCCCCAGAGGCAGCGCUGAAAAUCCAAGUACGACUGCGUCCGCGUGUGGGAAGAGUCCCCGAUCUCCAAACCGCGGCCACGGCGUAGGCGUGCCGCAGGAAGCGAAUUCUUGUUCGGCGCCGCCCUCCGCGGGCCGGGCGGCCCCGCCCGUUGUUGGGGAAGGCCCCGUGGCUUCCGGUGACGUUGCGGAUGUUGACUCGGACAGGAGCGGCUUCAGAGCGGCGGGCGCUGACAACACCGCUGGAGCUGGAACCGCAGGCAGUGAAGCUGAUGGUGGAUCGGCUGCGAAAGGUGCUACACCGUCGCGGAGCGGCGAGGCGACAGAGAGCGGCGUCCCGCCUUCUCCAGAAAACAGUCGUGGCGUGGAUUCGCCAGAGAGCGAUCAAGGCGGGGGUCCGGAGAGUCGAGCACACGACGGGCCGACAGGCAAGGGUGCGGGGGCGAAUCGAGUUUACACACGAGAGCACGAGAAGAAGGAUCUGGCAUCUCCGUCCGCGGCCACGCCAGGGCCAAGUGCGGCAGGCGGAGCAGAGUUGCUGCGGUGCGAUCUGAUGUGGAUUGCUUCCGGAAACAAGGGCGGUCUCAUCACUCCUGUGGAGGACUGCGAGCUCCACCCGAUCGUAAUCAUUCGCGACCGGCAAGGCAGGGUGUUCGACGACGACGAAGAGAGUGAAGAGAACCCGAUCGGGAAGUCGUCCCAUAUCUUCUUCCGGUGGAUGCGGGGACCACCUCGAGCUGUAUGUACAUUCCACCCUCAGCGCGCAGCUUGCUUGCAGUGCGUCGUGACGCUGCGUUGUUUCUGCUGCUAUGACUGCUUUCGGAAAGGGUACAAGCAGCUGCACAAAUUCUACCGGACUCGCGGGCUCUCCUCGAUCCUCCCCCAUCCGAAUUCGCACACCUACGGCGUCCCUUGCCGCCCGUUUGACUGGAAUGACUUUGACUCAAAUCGCCAGUUCGACACUCAGCACCUGGCUCUUCUGAAGCAAGCCGGACUGGUCACGGCUGAAGGUGAGCAGGAAAGCUGGAAACCGGUCUCCACGUGCCGCAAUUACACGCCGUCAAAGGCGGAUGUUGGCCAUCAGUUACGGCUCGAAACACUGGUUGUUGACCGGCAGACGCUGGCGCAGCUUCUUGAGGACAGCCGGUCCCGUCAGAGCAACAGGCGGAAAAGUCGAGAGAAAAGGGAAGCUGCCGGCGCAGCUGAGGAAGACAGGGACGCGAGCACGGGUGCGAAUGGCCAUUGUGACCGAGGCUUCACGGAGCGGCAAGCCGGCGACCGAUCCAGUGGCCCAGACAGCGAGCCUAAAAAAAAUAACGGCCCAUGUCCGGACUCGGAGGGAACUGACGGAGGGACACACUCAUCACAACCGGGGGAGAGCGCGCGGCGACCGUCCGCUGAUGUGUCCAGCGACGGGCGCUCAGGACGAGGCCGGCAGUCGGAGAAAAGUGAGGCAGUUCGGGAGCUCUCGACCGCGUGUCCCGACGAGAAUCGGAGUGCCGAGGGGAUCGCUGCGGAGUCUUCGAGGAACCGUCGAGCGCCAGCAGGCAGCGACGCAAGCGCCGGCAGCAGCGCAGGCGCGACGGGCGGAGAGGAUCGGGAUGGAGACGUCCCCGCAUCCGGAGAUGCCGCUUCGCGUAGUGUCCUUGGCAACCGGGAGUCCGUGGAUAUGGCAGAGGCCGCUGCAGUCGCGUGGGCUGCGGCCUCGCUCCAUGAUUCCAGUCACUAUCGCCAAGUGUUGACUGGCUGUUGCGUUCCCACUGUCGAUACUGUUCCGCGCCGCAGGCGACGACUGGCCUCUGUCCCGCAUCUUCCGCCUGUCCACGGAGUCGCGGCGCACGGGGCGGGGUUGCACGGGCUAGCUGCGCUUUCUCUCCAGCGCCCUGCCCACCCGACCCACGAAGUUCGUGGCCUUCCUGACGGGAGUCUGCACGUGCCGAACGCUCAUCUUGACGCGUUUCCGGGGCCGACCAGCAGAAGUGCUGGAGCGACACGGGAUCGGCUCUUUUCGCCCAUCGACGACAUGGCAGUGUACGCUCCAGUAGGCGCAGAGACGGGGUCGGCACUGAGUGACGGGUCCUCUCUCGCCGGAAGCGUCGCCUUUGGCUCCAGCGCAGGCGCGGGCUCCUACACCAGUUUGGGCUCCUUCGGGGACGCGUCCAGUUUCUCUUCGUCGGCAUUUGGAUUCGGCAGGUCGGCGAGCGGUCUCUGCACGUACGCGCCCGGAGGAGGGAACGUCGCUGGGAAUCUCCUGCCUUCGUACGAAGCGAACGGGUUGAGUGGCCAAGCGGCGGCGAGCGUCCCGGGAGGAUUCUACCAGAACAGAGCAGGACCGAGCUCGCGCGCUCCCUCGAGUCGCGAGGGCGGGGUUCUCGAAGGCGACGGCGCGUGCCACGGCGCACACGGCGGAUUCGACUCCGAAAGCGACUGCUGUCUAAGCCCAGAGGGUAGCUUCGCCAGUCGCGGGGAGACACCAGGCGGGCACGGCAGCGGAUCCAACAGCCGGUGUGAAAGUCGACACAGCAGCGCGUCCGCUCGCGAUGAGCUUCGCCCCGAAGAUGCGGAACAAUUCAACGUCAGCGUCAUGACCUGGAACGUCCUCGCUGAACUUUACGGGACGCUCGACGCCUUCCCGCACUGCGACGCGUACAUGCUCGCGUGGCCCUACCGGAGGCAACGGAUUCUCGACGAGAUCCUCACGCACAAUCCCGAUGUCGUCUGUCUUCAGGAGGUUCAAAGUGAGCAUUUUGAGGACUUUUUUCUUCCGGAGCUGGCUCGCCACGGGUACAACGGGAUGUACAAACAGAAGACGAUGGAGAUUUUCACCAGCGGAAGUGGGAAGAAGAGCGGAGGCAAGUUCACCAUGGAUGGAUGCGCGACGUUCUAUCGGAAGUCAAAGUUCACCAUCGUGGAUCAGUGCGGCCUGGAAUUCAGCCAACUGAUCAAGCAGGCGUCGCGGGAGCAACUGCCCCGUCAGCUGCAGAGACAGGCCGUCAGACGUCUCUUAAAAGACAACGUCGCGCUUCUGCUUCUUCUGGAGGUGAAGAACGAGGGCGACGCUCGCGCGGCGGCUGCAGCCGAAGAGACGGAACGCGGCCGCGACACCGGAACUCGGCGCAGUGACGGCAACCGAAGCAGCAGCGACAGCCGAGCCCUGUCUGCGUCCACUGCGCGGCCGUGGCUGAAUCCAGCGAGCUCUUCGUCGCCGGAUUCGGCAACUCCGCCGCUGUCAAGGGGGCGUGUGCAUGCGGCGACUGGUCUGGAAGGCGGAGGCGUCCUUGGCGGGGCGAAUCGUGCAGAGUCGGAAAAUCCGAGAGGCAGUCGAGAUGCUGGGGUGGAAACGGACGCGGAGCCUGUUCGCUCGACGCUUCGGGCGAAUGCUCCCGCGUGGGAGGCGUCCCGGGUCUUCGACAGUCUCGCGAACAGCAGUGGCAUCGCAGGAGGGCUGCAGUGGGGGUGCACGUCGGGAGCGAGCAGUGCAGAUGGCGGCAGUCCGUCCGGCCCGCGGAAACUCCUCCUCGUGGCCAAUACACACAUCGUCGCCAAUCCCGAGUCGAAUGACGUGAAAAUCUGGCAGGCGCAAACACUGGUUGGGAUGAUCGAGAAGUAUCUGCUGGCGUUUCGCCCUCCAACGUAUCUCGAUUCGCCGUGUCUCACACCGGCUGUCGUUUUAUGCGGCGACUUCAACAGCACGCCAGAUAGCGCGGUCUACCAGUUGUUAGUGACGGGCCGAUGCGACCGGCAGCACACGGACCUCGCCUCGGAUCGACACGGACUUCUUGCGGAACUGAAUCUUGGACACAACAUCCCACUGAAGUCAGGCUACGCAGUGAGCAAAGCGCUAAAGGACGGUUUGGAUCCACACGAUUUCUAUGCCUUGCGACAAUCGGAGCCGGAGUUUACCAACUACACGGGGAACUACACGGGCUGCCUGGAUUACCUGUUCUUCACCGACACCAUGCUGCGGGUUCGCGAGAUUCUCGAGCCGGUCGACAGCAAACAGCUUUUCCGGGAAGCUCGGCAACUGCAGCUCUUGCAUCAAGCGCUUCCGAGCCCUCUGCGACCGUCAGACCACAUUCCUCUCCUUUGCAAGUUUGAGUGGAUUCAGUGA